ACCACUUGCCGGUAAAAGAGGGUGUUUUUCUGUCUCUGCGUUUUUGCUUUGUGAAGGAAAAUCAAAGACUCUUCUUUUACCAAUUCGACCCAGUACACAAUGAGCGCUGAAGACGUCAAGAAAAACGUCACCGGAGCUAUAGUGCUGAGACCCAACUCCGAUGAUCGGAAGCCAUUUGCCCCCGGGGCUGCUCCUGCUGCCGCUAAGCGUGUCGUCAUCAAAAGCGCCGACAUGAAAGAUGACAUACAGAAAGAAGCUGUUGACAUCGCCCUCGCUGCAUUUCAGAACCACAAUGUGGAGAAGGAUGUUGCUGAGCACAUCAAGAAGGAAUUUGAUAAGAAACAUGGACCCACUUGGCACUGCAUUGUUGGGCGCAAUUUUGGUUCAUAUGUUACUCAUGAGACAAACCAUUUCAUUUAUUUCUAUCUGGACCAGAAAGCAGUUUUGCUCUUCAAAUCUGGUUAGCCAUGAUGGUUAAGGUUGACAAAGAAUGUUAAUGAUAAUAACAACGAUGAGCUUAUCUUUAUGUGUGCUAUAAGCAGCAACUGUAUGUAUUUGAAUCCUCAGCCCAAGUAUUCUUGUACUUGACAGUAGCGUGUAUAUUUCAGUUCUGUUGAACUGGGUUUGCUAUGCUAAUUAGAGUCUUCUUUGCUUUUUGAUUGGUCCAGUUUAAACAGUCUCUGUCUCUUUGUGAAUGAUGGGGCAUCAAAUUAGUUCAUUGUUCAAAUUUGAACUAGUUUUCAAAUUUUAAGCCCCAUUCUUAGUGUUCUUGCUACUAAUUCACAUUCAAUUAGUUCAUGUGACAGUAGCUUGUAUAUUUCAUUUCUGUUGUACUUAGUAGACAUUUUGC